GCUGCCAGCAGCCUCUGCCCCUCCCUCUGCCCUCCCUUCUCUGGGUAAAUAUUAACACAUAAAAACCACUAUAAAGCGCUGCUCACAUGGACACAGCAACAACCCUUCAACAGGUAACCUUCAUCUGUUUUGUCUUGGAUAGAGGACAUCAGUCAGCCAUCUACAAUCUAGAGGACAUCAGCCAGCCAUCUACAAUCUAGAGGACAUCAGCCAGCCAUCCACAAUCUACAGGACAAUAACCAGCCAUCCACAAUCUCUCUGUGUGUGUAGCUAUGAGGGGAAUUGUCCUUCUCUUUCUGCUGUCUCUCUGGCCUGGAGGAAAGGUGGAUGCUAUCAAUGAACAGAUCUUGGCUAAUGUGGUACAAGAGAUGAGAAGGUUUGGCCUGGAGAACCGCCAGUAUGCCAUGGCUGUCUUACUCACCCAACAGCAGUGCACCCAAAAUGGAGCAAACUUUGAUGUAGGCGUGCAACCUCAGGUUGUCCAGCAGAGACUACAGGAUUAUAGUGUCUACAUAGGAGACCGGCUCAUCGCAGCCAUACCUGACACCUACCACGCUGAGUACCUUCUCUUGGGGCAUGAUAGAACCAACCCCAGCAAAAUGCAGACUCUGUUAACAGCAGCAACGCCUAAUGACUGCAUCGUCUUCUUCUCCAACUACUCUCCCUGCCUGGAGAGAUGCAACGUCCCUAAUGGAGCAACCAGCAUUCUGCCCUUCAUGACCGUCUUCAACGGCAGGAACGCCAACCAGAUGGCCUUUGUCUUCUCCUCGGUUUGGGACCCCACAAAGCACCAUACAGGAGUGACCAAACCGACUAAGCAGCUGGUGUUUGUGUCCUUCCAGAGAAUAGAAAGAUCCCUCCCUUUAUAUCGUUGUGUCAGAUUCAACGAUCAAAACGCAUGUUACCGUUGUGUCACUGCCAACACAAAUCCUGAGACCAAUGACUGUCUGUAUGGGUACUAAUAGUGUACACUGUCUGUAUGGGUACUACUAGUGGACACUGUCUGUAUGGGUACUAAUAGUGUCCACUGUCUGUAUGGGUACUAAUAGUGGACACUGUCUGUAUGGGUACUAAUAGUGUACACUGUCUGUAUGGAUACUACUAGUGGACACUGUCUGUAUGGAUACUAAUAGUGUACACUGUCUCAAUGGUGGAAAUAUAGAAAUGUAUAUUUUCUUUCUUUCCCUCUGUCCAUCCCCCUCUCUCUGUCCAUCCCCUCUCUGUCCAUCUCUCUCUCUCUGUCCAUCUAUCUCUGUCUGUAUGGGUACUAAUAGUGGACACUGUCUGUAUGGAUACUAAUAGUGGACACUGUCUGUAUGGAUACUAAUAGUGGACACUGUCUGUAUGGAUACUAAUAGUGGACACUGUCUGUAUGGAUACUAAUAGUGUACACUGUCUGUAUGGAUACUAAUAGUGGACACUGUCUGUAUGGAUACUAAUAGUGGACACUGUCUGUAUGGAUACUAAUAGUGGACACUGUC